UUAAGCUACUUCAGGCCACUCCAUCCUCUCUAGUCUCACCCAAGACCGAUUGCACCCCUUUGCGCGGCAUCGAAUGCUGCUCAGCUAUGGCCGAGCUCAAACAAUAUCAUUCCCAAAUCAUUCGACUUGGCCUCUUGUCUGAUAACAAUGCCAUGGGUCGAGUCAUCAAGUUCUGUGCUCUAUCGGAAUCUGGUAACUUAAGCUAUGCCCUCAAAGUAUUUGACACAAUACCCCACCCAGAUGCAUUUAUCUACAAUACCAUCAUUCGAGGUUACUUGCAAUCCCAAUUCACCACAAGUUGCAUUCUUUUUUAUGCCCAAAUGUUACAAGACUCGGUUACACCCAACAAUUUUACUUUCCCCCCUGUUAUAAGAGCUUGUUGUGUCGAUAAUGCUGUUGAAGAAGGCAAACAAGUACAUGCUCAUGUUAUUAAAUUCGGAUUUGGAUCAGAUGGGUUUUCCCAGAACAAUUUGAUUCACAUGUACGUGAAUUUUCAGUGUUUGGACGAAGCAAAGAGGGUCUUUGAUAAGAUGUGCCGUGCGGAUGCUGUCGCUUGGACCACCUUGAUUAGUGGUUUUUCUCAAUGGGGAUAUGUCGAUGAAGCUUUUCAAGUUUUUCAGUCAAUGCCAGAAAAAAACUCUGCUGUUUGGAAUGCUAUUAUAGCAGCUCAUGUCCAGAGCAAUCGUUUUCACGAGGCGUUCACUUUGUUUGAUAGGAUGCGAUCAGAGGGUGUGAUGCUGGAUAAAUUUGUGGCAGCUAGUAUGUUAUCAGCUUGUACGGGAUUAGGAGCUCUCGAACAAGGAAAGUGGAUACAUAGUCAUAUUGAGAAAAGUGGGAUUGAAGUGGACUCAAAACUUGCAACAACAAUAAUUGAUAUGUAUUGUAAAUGUGGUUGCUUGGAUAAGGCAUUGGAGGCCUUUAAUGAAUUUCCCAGUAAAGGAAUUUCAUCUUGGAAUUGCAUGAUUGGGGGGCUUGCAAUGCAUGGGAAAGGUGAGGCUGCCAUUGAGCUCUUCAAAGAUAUGGAGAGAGCGGCAGUAACUCCUGACUACGUCACAUUUGUGAAUGUGCUUAGUGCAUGCGCUCAUUCAGGGUUAGUAGAAGAAGGGCGUCAUUACUUCCACUACAUGACUGAAGUUUACAGCAUUGAGCCUGGAAUGGAGCAUUUUGGAUGCAUGGUUGAUUUGCUUGGCAGAGCUGGAAUGCUGGUGGAAGCAAGAAAGCUUAUAAGUGAGAUGCCCAUGAGUCCUGAUGUAGGUGUAUUGGGUGCUCUUCUUGGAGCUUGUAGAAUUCAUGGGAACAUUGAGCUGGGAGAGGAAAUAGGGAAGAAUGUAAUUGAACUAGAGCCUCACAACAGUGGGCGCUAUGUAUUAUUAGCUAAUAUGUAUGCCAAUGCUGGUAGAUGGGAUGAUGUUGCUAAUGUGAGAAAAUUAAUGAAUGACAGGGGAGUGAAGAAGGCUCCUGGGUUUUCUGUGAUUGAAAUGGAAGGUGCUGUUAACGAGUUCAUUGCAGGAGGAAGGGGUCAUCCUGAAGCCAAAGAGAUCUAUGCGAAAGUUAAUGAGAUGCUGGAUAGUAUUAGAUCCAUUGGGUAUGUGGCUGACAGUGGUGGAUUGGUGCAUGACAUUUAUGAUGAGGAAAGGGAGAACCUCUUACAUCACCAUAGUGAGAAACUGGCUAUUGCAUUCGGAUUAUUGAAGUCUAGAUCCGGGGAAACUCUUCGUAUUACAAAGAACCUGCGAAUGUGUAAGGACUGUCACGAAGCUAGCAAGUUGAUCUCAAAGGUUUAUGAUCGAGAGAUAAUUGUAAGGGAUAGGAAUCGGUUCCACCAUUUUAAAGCGGGCAAGUGUUCGUGUAAUGAUUACUGGUAAGAGCAAUGCUAUAUGAAUUUAAAAAUUAGACUUGAUAAUUUUAACAAU